CAGACAGGGAUGUAGAUGGUUAUUAUAUGAGUCAUAAUGCAUAUCAGGAAACUGAGCAGACACGCCACAGCGAAACUUCUACUUCCUUCUUAGCAUCAUCUGUGUAUAUCACAUGUGUUUGUACAUGUAUGUGAAUAGAUAACGGUUGCGAGCAUUACUCAACACUGGGUCAUGUCAGCCACGACAUUCAUCUCCUGGCGUCUUAUAUAUCUGGCUGGGUGUGUUCUCCAGGGUGCCGUACUUAUGGAGAUCCAGACGAGUAGAGCCUGUUAUGGUACUGUUGGCCUUCCCUGCACUAAGCACAGCAUCAGAUGCAACCCCACCCAGAAGAUCGCCAUCGUUGACGCCUACUUCACCUUCAACAGAGAAUGUGGUGCAGGUAUCACUAACUGCCAAGCUGUAAACCCUGACAAUGUGACAGUAAGUAGACGCAGUCACAGCAUUGGCAACACCGACCUCAUCUCCCUCUACAACAACUGUUCUACAGAGAACCAAUGUGGGCAUCAGGCUCCCCGGCAUACAGCAACCGUUACAUUCUCCAUUGUCAGAUAUCAGUGCAUUGAUGAAGAUGUAAUUAUACCCAUGACUGAAGCCUCACAACGGAAUGCAUCUGAAACCACUAUCAUCUACAAGCAUACAGAUGAGAUGCCCAAGUCCAAGCAUAUUUGUACAAUUCAGUCACAGAUGCCUGUAAAUAUCACCGCUCUUGAUGUACGUCUUGGAGAUGGGAAUGAACCCGAAAGGUGUUCCAUUUUGACCAUUACUACGACACCGUAUACCUGCUCAGACGUGAUUUGGACCUAUAAACAGCUCCAAACAAUUCAAUCACCUGGACAGUCAUUCAUCACACUUAGAGUUCCGGAAGGAUCACGAUCAGUUGUUUGGCUUGGAAUCGCUUCCACAAGAAGCGUCUUUAUCAACUGCUAUGCUAAAGUUUCGACACGACGGACUGUGACAGCUCAGAUUCUGGCAUCCAGUAGUGUGACAGUGGGGACUAGAACAGACAGUACAUCAACAACAGGAGAGGUCACAACUUUUCCAAAUAAGGAUCGACUUCCCGUAUCCUCCCCUUCACGAUUCCCAGCUGGUGUGUUUAUGGGAGGGGUGGCUGCCGGAGCUGUUAUUGCCAUCCUGGUCGGUCUUGCAGUGUACGUCCUCGUUAUCAGACGUCGGUACGAUCUGACUGCGAAGAAACAAGGAGACACGCCAGCUUCUGUUGAACACCCAACUUACGCCGGCCUGUUAGCUGGGGCUGAUGUCAACAAUUAUGCCGUUAUCGAACAGACCUCAAGAUCUCAAGAGGAUACUACACAUGGGCCAACGGCUACUCCAGAUUACCAAACCAUCUGAUUUACCUACAUUAUCCAUUUCAUCAGUCACGAAUUUGUAAAAGUAACACAGCCAGAGUAAUUAUACUUGGUAAUUAUCUUACAGUUAUCCUGAAGCUGAUACAGAGUGUGUUUUCAGAUACGAAACUGGUGAGUGGUGUGGAUUGAGACACGUUAAAACUGACUGUUUUGAUACAAGUGACUAUCCAGAAGGUGUUGGCUUUUACAGUAACUAGACUGUACAACCUACUGUCCAUCGAACUUAAAUAUUCUUAGUAGUUAUACUUCUUAAUUUUCGAUAUUUGUGUGUCCUUAUAUAGUGAUGUUAUAUCUGCAGGACAGCUCAUUGUUUUCAUUUUGUUUGUAUAGUUCUACCCAUAGCAAAUGGAUAAGAAGGAGAGAUACAUGCAUACGUCUGGUAUAUACAGCGUGAACAAUAGCCAGGUUGAUAUUGUCGCUUUGAUGAAAACUGUUCCCACCAUGUGUACUGUAAACUCAAAUGUUAUAUCUACAAUAUAUGUGUCGAUGUGACACCUGUCUUCUUUAAUUUCAUAUUCCAUUCGUUUAACGAACAGACAUCCUGUCUUUGCAGUAAGCAACUAUUCUAACUGAACCAAGUCAACAAUUUCGCACUACAAUUGUUUAUGUAUCAUGUACAGUUAAGAUUCCGAUUACUCCAUUAUUUCAAAUGAUACUAACUUCAAUUUUAUGGUAAAAUUUAAUUACAUAGUAACCGUGCUCCUCAAUGUUUGUGUAAAUAUCUUCUAUGUACAUUUGCAUACUUUUCUAUGUAUAUUUUCAUAAAACUCUGUGCAUAAUUGCAUAAAUAGAAGCGUAAGGUAUUGGAAAUUACAGUGAUCCACGAGGAGCGAAUAUAUGCAUAUGUAUUUUUGCCUUUAUUGUACAAUGAAUAUAUUUAAAACUGGUUUGUCACCCCCAUAUAUUCAAUGUAUUCCGUUUUAUGUUCACGAAUUGCUGUAGGCUUUGUAAACUGGUGGGGAGGUUGAGGGUGUCACGUUCGACCUAAAGGAACCCCUGAUCUACUGUAUAAGGCUCUGUCGCGAAUUGACCUCAAUAAUCCCUCGCCCUUCCCUCUGUGUACGUACUUGACAAAAACGCCCAUCAUGUCACUAUCUAUAAUGUAUUGCUUACGCCUUUUGAUACGUUGUUACUGCAAAUACAGCUUGCCCUUUUUGAACCAACGGAUACCAUUCCAAAUAUUUGUCUCACCAGUUGGUAUGCCAUAACUGCUUCUACUAAGUCCUAGCUGCAAUUUGUAAUAGGCGAUGAUGACGUUGUUUAUAUCAACAAUAUCAGAUCAAGGAGGAACUAUAUGGUGAGAUACAAUCUAUGCAUUUCCCUCGAACUCACAGGGGAUUUCCUUCCCUGACAAUGACAAGGAUGUUAGUUCGUCAGCCGACUUUACAUGACGAUAUAUAGCAUCAUGACAAAAGCAUGGACAGUGAGAUAGUAGUUGAAAUAUGUGAGGGAAAUAGUGGCAUUAUCUUAUCACAUAUGUUUGCAGCCGCAGCAAAUGUUGAAAACCGUCAAUGUCGAAAACAAAACGGACAUCCCAACAAACUGAUCAUGCGAUAAUUAAUUUGAAUUAUACCAGCAACAUGAAUAUAAGGACUUAGGUUGUAAAGAAUGUAUGUUGAAGUAAAUCAUCACAGAAGCGUAACCAUAUGUUAAGG